CUCCAGCUCCCUCGCCAACUCCGGGCCCCAGCCGGGCGGGCGAGCUGGCAGCAUGCUGAGCCUCCUCGUCUGGAUCCUCACUCUCUCCGACACUUUCUCCCAAGGGACUCAGACCCGUUUCAGCCAGGAGCCAGCUGACCAGACUGUGGUGGCCGGACAGCGGGCCGUGCUCCCCUGUGUGCUGCUCAACUACUCUGGGAUUGUGCAAUGGACCAAGGACGGACUGGCUCUGGGCAUGGGCCAGGGCCUCAAAGCCUGGCCUCGGUACCGGGUCGUGGGCUCCGCAGACGCCGGGCAGUACAACUUGGAGAUCACAGAUGCCGAGCUCUCUGAUGACGCCUCCUAUGAGUGCCAGGCCACAGAGGCCGCCCUGCGCUCCCGGAGGGCCAAGCUCACCGUGCUAAUCCCCCCAGAGGACACCAGGAUUGAUGGAGGCCCUGUGAUCCUGCUGCAGGCAGGCACCCCUCACAACCUCACAUGCCGAGCCUUCAACGCUAAGCCUGCAGCUACCAUCAUCUGGUUCCGCGAUGGGACGCAGCAGGAGGGAGCUGUGGCUACCACGGAGUUGCUGAAAGAUGGGAAGAGGGAGACCACCGUGAGCCAGCUGCUCAUCAACCCCACGGACCUGGACAUCGGGCGUGUCUUCACCUGCCGCAGCAUGAACGAGGCCAUCCCGACUGGCAAGGAGACGUCCAUCGAGCUUGACGUGCACCACCCUCCCACAGUGACCCUGUCCAUUGAGCCACAGACGGUGCAGGAGGGUGAGCGUGUCGUCUUCACAUGCCAGGCCACGGCCAACCCCGAGAUCCUGGGCUACAGGUGGGCCAAGGGGGGGUUCUUGAUUGAAGAUGCCCAUGAGAGUCGCUAUGAGACAAACGUCGAUUAUUCCUUCUUCACGGAGCCUGUAUCUUGUGAAGUUCACAACAAAGUGGGGAGCACCAACGUCAGCACCCUAGUAAACGUCCACUUUGCCCCCCGGAUCGUGGUUGACCCCAAACCCACAACCACAGACAUUGGCUCUGAUGUGACCCUCACUUGUGUUUGGGUUGGGAAUCCCCCUCUCACCCUCACCUGGACCAAAAAGGACUCAAACAUGGUCCUGAGUAACAGUAACCAGCUGCUGCUGAAGUCAGUGACUCAGGCAGAUGCCGGCACCUACAUCUGCCGGGCCAUCGUGCCUCGAAUCGGAGUGGCUGAGCGAGAGGUGCCACUUUAUGUGAAUGGGCCCCCCAUUAUCUCCAGCGAGGCAGUGCAAUAUGCUGUCCGGGGUGACGGAGGCAAGGUGGAGUGUUUCAUUGGGAGCACACCGCCCCCAGACCGCAUAGCCUGGGCAUGGAAGGAGAACUUCCUGGAGGUAGGUACCCUGGAGCGCUAUACAGUGGAGAGGACCAACUCGGGCAGCGGGGUGCUGUCCACACUCACCAUCAACAACGUCAUGGAGGCCGACUUUCAGACACACUACAAUUGUACUGCCUGGAACAGCUUUGGACCGGGCACAGCCAUCAUCCAGCUGGAAGAGAGAGAGGUGUUACCUGUGGGCGUCAUCGCUGGGGCCACCAUCGGUGCGAGCAUCCUGCUCAUCUUCUUCUUCAUCGCCCUGGUGUUCUUCCUCUACCGGCGCCGCAAAGGCAGUCGCAAAGAUGUAACCUUGAGGAAGCUGGACAUCAAAGUGGAGACAGUCAACCGAGAGCCACUCACAAUGCAUUCUGACCGGGAAGAUGAUACCACCAGUGUGUCCACAGCCACCCGGGUCAUGAAGGCCAUCUACUCGUCCUUUAAGGAUGACGUGGAUCUGAAGCAGGACCUGCGCUGUGACACCAUGGACACCCGAGAGGAGUAUGAGAUGAAGGACCCCACCAAUGGUUACUACAAUGUGCGUGCCCAUGAAGACCGCCCCUCUUCCAGAGCCGUGCUCUAUGCUGACUACCGCGCCCCUGGCCCUACCCGCUUCGACGGCCGCCCCUCUUCCCGACUCUCCCACUCCAGCGGCUAUGCCCAGCUCAACACCUACAGCAGGGCCCCCACCUCUGACUACGGCCCUGAGCCCACACCCCCUGGCCCUGCUGCCCCAGCUGGCACUGACACCACCAGCCAGCUGUCCUACGAGAACUAUGAGAAGUUCAACUCCCACCCCUUUCCCGGGGCAGCGGGGUACCCCACCUACCGGCUGGGCUACCCCCAAGCCCCACCCUCUGGCCUGGAGCGGACCCCAUACGAGGCUUAUGAUCCCAUCGGCAAGUAUGCCACGGCCACUCGGUUCUCCUACACCUCCCAGCACUCGGACUAUGGCCAGCGGUUCCAGCAGCGCAUGCAGACUCACGUGUAGGGGCCAGAGCCUGGCGGGGCAUCUCUGCGGGGCAGAGGAGAAGGCUGUCACAGCUGUUCCCUGAUAUUCAGGGGCAUUGCUCAUUGCUCCCUUAUUGGACCAGCCUUCCUCCUCUGCCGUAGCAGGUGGGGAGCAGGUCUCCCAGAAACACCCCGUCCCGAGGAUGGUGCUCUGUGCACGCCCCAGCCUCCUGGGCCUGCCCUUCCCUCUUCUUCGGGAGGGUGUGUGUCUUCUGACCUGCUCUUGCCUGACCCCAGCAAGGGGACAGGGAACGUGAAAGUGGGGAAGAGCAGAGGGGGCACUUUUUAGCAUUCCCUUUCUAUCACACCCCUCUGGUCUCCCCAUAAAUACAUGGGAUGGGCAGACUUUGGCCCAGGGGACUUGGAGCAUAGGAGUGGGUGGUUCUGGCAUAAGCAGGUGGAAAACAGAAUAGCCCAACCAGUCCCUCUGCUGUGUGCAUUUAUGCCCUCAGUGCAUCUCUCCCUCAGGGGACUGCAGAAGGGACCUUGGAUUUAUAUUAGCUCUUAUCUACAGAAAAGCCCUGGCACUGAGUUCGAAUCCAGCUCUCAUUCAGCUGGGAUCAAAAUGCCAAUCACCCUGGCUGCCCAGCAGUGUGCAGGGACAGUCAGGAGUCUCCAGCACCACUGCCCACUUUCUUCCUUCCUCUUCCUACGCUGGGCCAGCCAGAAAGUCUUCUGGGUCCUGGUGGAGAAAGAAAGGUCAGGACCAUGUCCUGAUGAUCCAGAGACUGCUGUUGCAUAGUAGCUUCCAGAACCGAUGCUAGGGGGAGCCACCCAAGCCUGCUCUCUUCCCCAGUCGGCCCCACUUCCUGGCUUUGACUCUGGAGAGGGGUGGGGUGCUAUAGGCUAUUUUUUCAAAGAAAA